GAGCCGGGGCUGCCGGGGCUGCGGAGCGCAGGCAGCCCAGGACGUGCCUGCGGCUGGCACUCACACCCCGGUUCUCCGCUGCCUCGGGGAGAGCAUCGUCCACACCAGCGCAGGCCGGCAGAGCCGUGUCGCCCUCAGUCCUCCACUUCUCACCCAGGAUCUGGGUCCCCAUCUCAGUCCAAGACGCACCCCGGUACUGGGAGCACUGGCCACGGGCCGGCGGGGGCAGCCAUGAGGGACGUGCCCGGGUCCGGGUACCGGCGGAGCCUCGUCCAUUUUGCCUGGAUGUGCCUGUUCUCCUCCGUGCCGAACGGUGGGGCCAAGGUGCUGGAGAAGACCUUCGAGGAGUGGAUGCGGUACCGUGACGAGUGCUUGAGGAGGAUGGCGAGCGAACCCUACCCGGCAGGGCUCUUCUGCAACCGGACGUUCGACAUGUAUGCCUGCUGGCCCGACGGGAGCCCUGGCACCACCGUCAACGUCUCCUGCCCCUUCUACCUGCCCUGGUUUGAGAAAGUGAAACACGGGCUGGUGAGCCGCAGGUGCGGCACCGACGGGCAGUGGGUGACGGUGAACGGCAGCCAGCCCUGGCGGGACUACUCGCAGUGCGAGGAGGAGAUGGAGUCCGCUGCUGAGGAGGAGGGUGCCCGCCGGCUGAUGGUGAGCUUCAAGGUGCUCUACACUGUGGGAUACUCGCUGUCGCUCCUCACCCUUGUCUCUGCCCUGCUCAUCCUCACCGUCUUCAGGAAGCUCCGCUGCACCAGGAAUUACAUCCACGCCAACCUCUUCGCCUCCUUCGGGCUGCGGGCGACCUCGGUGAUGGUGAAGGACGCGCUGCUGGAGAAGCGCUGGGGCAUGGAGGUGGUGCAGGUGGCCGACUGGGAGGCUCUGCUGAGCCACGAGGCGGCGCUGGGCUGCCGGGCGGCGCAGGUGCUGAUGCAGUACUGCAUCCUGGCCAACCACUACUGGUUCCUGGUGGAAGCCGUCUACCUCUACAAGCUGCUGAUUGGGGCCGUCUUCUCUGAGAAGAAUUACUACAGGCUCUACCUCUACCUGGGCUGGGGGACCCCCGUGGUGUUCGUGGUGCCCUGGAUGGCCGCCAAGUACCUGAAGGAGAACGCAGAGUGCUGGGCGCUGAACGAGAACAUGGCUUACUGGUGGAUCAUCCGCAUCCCCAUCCUGCUUGCCUCCCUGAUCAACCUGCUGAUCUUCAUGCGGAUCCUCAAGGUGAUCCUGGCCAAGCUCCGUGCCAACCAGAAGGGCUACGCAGACUACAAGCUGCGCCCUUCAGUACUCGCUGCCAGAGGGGUCCCCUUACAUUCUUUCAGCCUGGCCAAAGCCACGCUCACCCUCAUCCCCCUCUUCGGGAUCCAUGAGGUUGUCUUCAUCUUUGCCACCGAUGAGCAAACCACGGGCAUCCUGCGCUACGUCAAGGUGUUCUUCACCCUCUUCCUCAACUCCUUCCAGGGCUUCCUGGUGGCCGUGCUGUACUGCUUUGCCAAUAAGGAGGUGAAGUCGGAGAUGAAGAAGAAGUGGCAGCUCUGGAAGCUCGACCACCCGGUGCUCUGCUGCGCCCAGUGAUGCGGUGACCGGCCCUGCAGAGCCAGAGGAGAGGGGCUGCUGGCCACGAUGGGCGCAGGGGCCCGGCUGGAGGGGCAGGGGGCUGCGGGGAAGCCAUGCUGGGGCAGCACCCACACGGGACGGCUGGGCUGGGACCAGCGUCUCAGCUGUGCUGCACCUGAGAGCACUGGAACUGCUGGAGGGGACAUCCCCGGGCUGCGGGCCGAGGGGAGGCAGGCACCCUGGGCUCAUACCGGACAUCGCUGCCCCCUCAGAAGGGCCUCACCUUGCUCGGGCUUGGUGAGCUGCACGGAGAGACGCGCCUGCUGCUUUCUACUGCUGCCUGUACGCCGUCAGCUACCUCUGUUGGCAUCCACCAGCCGUGCUCGUGGGAAACCCACUUCUCAUCUGCACCAACCUGGGCGUCUGCAGGAGGGCAUCACGGUGGCUGGAGAAGGAGCCUGGCCAUCACCGUCAGCAGAGGGCAAGCAGCGGGGAACGGGAGACGCUGCUCAGCCCGGCACUGCUGCACAGAUCUGCUGUCCAGAUGAACAAGCACCUCCUGCUGUGCCCUGGGCCGUGCCAGCACCGCUCUGAUCCAGGACAUCACCUGCAAACUCUCCCUAAGCAAGGGCCAUCUCACCAACACCCUGAGAGCUCCAAGACAUCCAUCCCAGAGCCAUCCUGCGAAGCUCCUCUUCAUAGCGAGGUGCUGUUUCUGCACCUUCUCACCACCCUCAUUGCUGAUACAGAACAGGCAUCAGCACCCGCCUCCCUCCUCGCUGCUCUCCAGCUGCACGAGACACCAGCUCUCCUCUCGGAGCUCCUCCUGCAGCAGGUCCCCCCAGAGCCCCCGUCACAGCCAGCAGAGCCGAGGCAGCAGGCACGCAUGUAGUUUCCCCGCAGCGCUCGAGCACUUUGACUCUUGUAUUUACCCUACGCGUUAAGGGCAGCAUUGCUUCUCCUUUGGUGGCAAGGGAAAAUAAAAAUAAAUCAUGAGGGAGAUGAA